AUGGGCUGCUCGUCGCGACGUCGAGCGGGUGCGUGGCGAUGUCUCAUAUUACCCUCCUUGCUUUGCCUCUUUCGACGUCCACGGCAUAGGCGUGACAAGGCCGUUGCGCGUAAAGAGGCCAAUGAGUUCGUUGCCUGCAUCAAGGAGAAAGGGUGGUCAGGCGAGAAAAUGUUGCAAUCGUUACGAGUCGAAGGCGGCAAUGAGGCUUCAUGGUCAAAUGAUCUGCGCGCCGCAGUGGAGGAGUCCAUGAAGCGGGAUGUGUAUUGCCGCUUCAACGUUUUCGACAUCCAAUCCAUCGAUGAGAAAACAAAUUCAAUCACUGCCAAAUUGUACCUCGAGCUAGCUUGGGAAGAACAGUCUUUGCGGCCGUCGGAGAUGAUCUCAGAUUGGAGUACAAUCUGGACCCCUACACCAAUUUUUCAGAACAGGCUUGGAGAGUUUGAAGAAAUCAAGGCUCCCUGGGUCGUGAUCGACGAGGAUUACUCGAAAAAGUUUGAGAAGACGAUGAUCUGUUGGCGUACCAUCGUUCGCGGCUCUUUCCAGCAGCAAUUUGAUUUCGAAUUCUUCCCGUUUGACCUUCAGCGGCUCCGCGUCGUCAUUGAGAUGUCAGUCCCGGAUGUUCGCAUAAAAAGAAAUCGAGAGUAUCCGUCUCAAGUGAGCGUGGAACAGUUUGGCAUCAAAGCGGCGUGGAAGUGCCACUUCGAGGAAGUUAAGGUCGAGGAGGACCGUUCGGGCCCCAAGGGCAACUACGCCCGUGUGGUCCUGAAAGUGAAAGCGGAGCGGCAACCAGAAUACUGGGUUGUGAAUGUUGGGUUGUUGAUGUUCGCCAUUGUUUCUUUGGGUUUCACGACGUUCGCGCUGCCGACAAGCGACACCUCCGACCGUCUGCAAUUGGUAUUGACUCUCUUUCUCACGGCUGUCGCCUAUAAAUUGCUCAUCGCGGAGCGUCUUCCAGAUUUGCCAUAUUUGACCUUGUUGGAUAUGUACGUCCUUCUCGGUAUUGGAAUACUGUGCUUCAUCGCACUCGAGUGCGUCGCUGUUGCGUGGCUGUCGCAGCUGUUUCCACAAAUUGCGGUCGAAUUCGACAAGUUGGUGUUCCGGCACGGACUGCUCGCGUGGCUGGAUUUCAAUGCGACCACGUGGAAGCAGCACAGAUGCCAAGAAUCUAGACUGACCUUACCGUCUGUCUCUGCCACCAUAGCCAGCUGCCUCACAGGCGAGUUCAUCAUUUUGGGUUUCACGACGUUCGCGUUGCCGACGAGUGACACCUCCGACCGUCUGCAAUUGGUAUUGACCCUCUUUUUCACGGCUGUUGCCUAUAAAUUGCUCGUUGCGGAGCGUCUUCCAGAUUUGCCAUAUUUGACCUUAUUGCACAAGUAUGUCCUUCUCGGUAUUGGAAUACUUUGCUUCAGAACGUCUUUAUUGACAGCAAAUCAUCCAUUAUCUACAAUUAUGACAUUACUGUCUAUCUCUGCCACCAUAGCCAGCUGCCUCAAAGACAAGUUCAUCAUGAUCCUUUUUCUUUCUCUCGUGCAAAGAAUAUAG